AAUAAGUUAAUUACUUGGGAUAACCCUGUUUAUUCCCUCCCGCCGGUCCGGCCCCACGCUGGUCCACCAUAUAACGAUGCAUCACAACGAGCUGAUUACGCCGGAACUACCAUCUCCGCCGCCAACUUAAACUGCCAAUUUUGCCGGAUAAAGCAACACCAUUUUGACAUGUUUCCCUUCUGCAAUGCCCACUUCUUAUUUACCUUCCAAAGCUCUCACUCUUGGUACAAACAAGAAGCUCAAGAAUUCAUGCUUAGUACAAAAGAUUCUCAAUCUCUCUUCGCAAGGCUAUCUUAAACAAGCCUUCAAUUACCUUAACAUCCUAACACGUAAAGGCAUUCGCUUAGACAGUAAAACUCUUGCUUUUAUCAUUCAACAAUGUGCGAAUUCCAGGUCACGUGAAGAAGGAAAAUGGAUCCAUUUGCAUCUCAAAACUACUGGAUGGAAACACCCCACUACAUUUCUAGCUAACCAUUUAAUUAAUAUGUAUAGUAAAUGUGGUGAUCACAUGGAAGCACGUAAGGUGUUUGAUAAAAUGACUUCGAGAAAUUUGUACUCUUGGAAUAAUAUGCUUUCUGGGUAUACUAAGUCAGGUCUCAUUAAGGCUGCUAAAAGGUUGUUUGAGCAAAUGCCGGAGAAAGACGUGGUUUCUUGGAAUACCAUGGUGAUAGGCCAUGCUCAGGCUGGCUACUUCAACGAGGCUCUCAAGUUGUAUAGAGAAUUUAGGAGGUUAAGUAUUGGGUUCAACGAGUAUAGCUUUGCUGGGGUUAUCACUGCUUGUGUUAAGUCCAGAGAUUUUUCUCUCACAGGGCAGGUUCAUUGUCAAGUAUUCAUAGCUGGGUUUUUAUCCAAUAUAGUUCUUUCUAGUUCAAUUGUUGAUGCUUAUGCAAAAUGUGGGAAGAUGAGCGAUGCUAGGAGGUUGUUUGAUGCAAUGCGAGUAAGAGACGUUCUUGCCUGGACCACCUUGGUUUCAGGCUAUUCAAAGUGCGGCGAUAUGGUGUCAGCCAGGGAGCUUUUUGAAGCAAUGCCUGAGAAGAACCCUGUUUCUUGGACAGCUUUGGUUGCUGGUUAUUCCCACAGUGGCAUGAGCAUUCAGGCCCUUGAGUUAUUUGCAAAGAUGAUGAAGCUUCAGGUCCAACCUGAUCAGUUUACAUUUAGUAGUUGCCUAUCUGCUUGUGCUGGUAUAGCAUCACUCAAGCACGGUAAGCAAAUACAUGUAUUUCUGGUGAAUGCUGGUUUUAGACCUAAUACAAUUGUUUUGAGUUCACUCAUUGAUAUGUAUUCAAAAUGUGGAAGUUUAGAAGUUGCAAGGAGGGUAUUUGAUACGGCAUAUAACAAGCAUGAUGCAGUAUUAUGGAAUACUAUGUUGUCUGCAUUAGCACAACAUGGCAUGGGUGAAGAGGCGACUGAAAUGUUCUUUAAGAUGGUGAAGUUUGGAGUGAAACCAAACCGUAUCACUUUUGUUGUCCUUCUCAAUGCUUGUAGUCAUUCUGGGUUAGUGCAAGAAGGGCUUUCCUUUUUCGAGACAAUGACCUCUAGUUAUGAUGUUCUUCCUGAUCAAGAACAUUUUGCAUGCAUAAUUGACCUCUUGGGUAGGGCAGGACAUUUUAGUGAAGUGCUAGCUCAGAUAAAGAAGAUGCCCUGUGAACCUGAUGAUCAUAUUUGGAAUGCCUUACUUGGUGUUUGUAGAAUUCAUGGAAAUGUGGAGUUGGGUAGAAUGGCUGCAGAACUGCUAAUAGAGCUGGACCCACAGUCUCCAGCCGCAUAUUUGCUGUUGUCAAGUAUUUAUGGUGUACUUGGGAUGUGGGAAAAUGUAGAGAAAGUGAGACAGCUUAUGAAUGAGAGACAUGUUAGGAAAGAGCAGGCUGUUAGUUGGUUAGAGAUUGAACAUAAAAUGCUUCCUUAUUUUGGGUGCAAUAAGUUGAAUACUUUAGAGAAAGAUGGAAACACUAUUUUGCAACUGCUAGCUGACAGACAAACACUGAUGAUCUAGUACAUGAUAGUAAAAGAUAAUGCAUGAUUACAGCGUUUGACCACUGCUUGACCUCCAUUCUCAGCCUUUGCUAGCAAAAUCUCUUCCUUCAGUGCCCUCUUGGUCUUAGUUCUUAUACUAGAAUACAGGUUCUUAGAUGUUGAUUUUUGUUAUGUU